AUGAUGGUUGUGCAAGAAAGCAGGGGGCCAGAGCUCCUUGGCGUGCAGAUAGCAUUCCUUGUGGCAGCCUGGGUCGCUACAAUUCUCCGGCUAUAUGUGAAAGUAGCCAUUACAAAGAACCACACGCUCGACGAUGGUGUUAUGUACCUUUCCACAGUCCUGUACUCUGUGUACGCAGCCGUCGCCGUCCUCGGCAUUGUCAAGGGCGGCAUAGGCCGGCAUACCUCAGAGCUGGACUCAGAAAGUAUUAUUAUAGCGCUUAAAGUUUGGUACACAUGCGAGAUUCUCUACGCAUUCAUUUCCGCUCUCAUCCGGACCUCGAUUUGUCUGUUCCUCCUACGAAUCUUCAACCGCGGAACAACCAAGAUGGCAAAGAUGCUGCUUCAAGCAACUAUUGUGUUAGUCUGGGUCUCAUCCAUCGUUUACCUCUUCAUAAUCGUGCUCCAGUGCGACCCCCCCAACUACUACUGGGCCAAAUUCGAGGGACUCCAGGGGAGCUGUCGCCCUGCACAUCUCGUACCAAACGCAACAAUCGGUCAUAGUGUCGUGGCCGCCGUGAGCGACUGGAUUAUUGGCAUACUACCUAUGUCGAUCUUUUGGCAACUCCAGAUGAGGCGAGAGAAAAAGAUUCGACUGUUGUUCUUCUUCGGAAUCGGCAUGAUGUAA